AUGUCCCAAUCAACUCCCUCCCAAUCCACCCAAACUCCAGAUGCCGCCGCCGCCCAAGUCGCCGGACACCCCUCCUCCCAUCCCUCCCGCACCACCGAACUCUCCAGUCUUAAAGUAAGACUCCGCGCCGCUCUGCGCCAAUUUCCCGACUUCCCGUCUCCUGGCAUUCUCUUCGAGGAUAUCCUUCCUAUCUUCGCCGAUCCUACCUUGCACGAAGCCCUCCUCCGUUGCCUUGAACUUCACAUCCUCGAAACCCACAGCAACCAGAAGCCCGAUGUUAUCGUUGGUCUGGAGGCUCGAGGCUUUCUUUUCGGCCCCAGCUUGGCUUUGAGACUUGGUGCUAGCUUUGUCCCUGUUCGCAAGAAGGGCAAGCUGCCUGGUCCUUGUGAGACCCAGGGCUACGAGAAGGAGUACGGCCAGGACUUUUUCCAGAUGCAAGCCGACGCCAUCAAGCCUGGCCAGAAGGUUAUCGUUGUUGAUGACAUUAUCGCAACCGGUGAGUUUGUUUUGUCUCAGGAAAUCCCUUCUUCUUCUUCGUUCGUUGACUUGGUUACAGGCGGCUCUGCCUACGCUGCCGGAGAGCUCAUCAAGAAAAUGGGCGGGGAGCUUAUGGGAUUCAUCUUCAUCCUGGAGCUGGAGUUCCUCAAAGGACGGGAUAAGCUUCCUGCCCCGGUGUACACUCUCCUCUCCGGUCAGGAAGCUAAGUCUCUAUGA